AUGGCACCAUCACACAGGACGAGGCGCGAGGGCAGCUCUGCGGAACCCCCCGGCCAGGCCUACCCCAAGGAAGGGGCCACGGGCGCUGUGUCCCCCCUCAGCGUGGCAGCCAGGACGCCGGCCCCCCCAGCCCCUGCCACCACUUGUCACCCUGCCACAGCAGGGCCUGGCCGCCCUCCUGCCCCGCCACCCAUGGCUGCCGGCCCCAGCCAGGGGAGGACGCGCCUGCGGCUCCUUUAUAGCAACAGCUUCGGCUCCCACCGCUGCGGCUCUGUGGUCCGCUAUGGCGGGGGCCGCCGGCAGGCUGAGGGCGGCUGGGACGAGGCCCUGCGCUGCCAGCCGAGCCCCGCGGGGCAGGCCGGGGGGCUGAGGGGGACCCUGGGCCCAGGGGACCAGGCCCACCGUGGCCGUGGUCCGCAGGCGGUGGGGAGCGGCGGUGCCGGGAAGCCUGUCAGCCACCAUCACGCUGACCUUCGAGAGGCUAAGGCUGACACCUUUGACUUUCCCUUCCCUUCAAGAAAUAGUGAUAAAGUAAUUAAACGGAAGAAGCAAAAGUCCAAAGUCUGGCUUAAGGUCUGGAAAGUAAUUUCAAGAAUGCUUGAAGAAAAUGAAAAGUUCAGAAGUCGACUCUUAACCUGCAGUCAGUUCAGUGGAGAAGGCAAUGAUAUGAGCCAGAGUUCACAGAAUGAGGUAUCCUACCUGGACAGGGAGGAGUCCAUCUUUGGCUGGGUAUAG